AAUUAAUUAUUUUAUUUGUUUAUUUGUUUGUUUGUGUUUUUUGAGCUAAAUUUUGAAAUGAAGUUAAAAAAAUUAGUUUUGAAAUAGGAUUAAAACAAUGUAAAAAGUGUUCAAUAGUUGAAAGAUACAGUAUGCAAACAAUUAGUAGAGACUUUGGCACUGAAUUUUAAUUUUUAAGAUUACAUGGAAGACUUCGAAUCAUUUAAACAAAAUCCAAUUUAUAAAUACAUACACUCCAGAAAUGAUUUAUAUUAGAAUAUUGUUCAAGAUAUUAAAAAGUGUAGCAAUUUGGCUUCUGUAAAUCUCUUAUUUAAUCACUGUUCACUUUAAAUGCUUUCUGAAAAUUGGUUUAAAAACUUCCUUGAGGCCUUCAAUCACUGUUAGAAAUUGACCAAAUUUGCAAUAAAUGUUUUGAGCAAUGGUAUUUCAAUUAGAUAAGCUCGCAUUCUAGGAAAUCUUCUUUCAACUUCAGAUAAUUUAUUAGAUGUUAAUAUCAAUCUUCAAUUUCAUAGUCUUUAAGAUUAACAUUUAAAGGGACUAACUUCAGGGUUGAUGAAACUAAAAAAAAUCUAAAUUUUAAUUUUAGAUAUAAGUCAUAAUCUGAUAAGAGAUCAAGGAGCUUUGCUAUUGGGAAAUAGUAUUUCUAAAUGUCUGAGUCUAAAAAAUUUGACUGUUUAUUUAGAAUGUAAUUAUUUAUCAGAGAAUGGGAUCGAAAGCUUUUUAGAAGGAGUUUUUAAAUGUAAAUAGCUAGAUUAUUUAGAUUUGGAUAUCGGAAGCAGCAUUGAAAUAUCUUAAAGUACCUUGAAAUCUUUUCAUUCAGGCUUGAUCAAUCUUAGAUAUUUAUAAUAUCUAUCAUUUGUUUAUGAUUCAAAUAAACUAAGAAACUCUAGUGUGGAUAAUUUGUGCUAAAACUUAACUGAAUUAAAAUGCCUGCUCCAUAUUAAAAUAGAUUUAUAUAAUAAUUAGAUUUUUUACGAAGGACUCAAAUAGAUGCUAGAUAAAUUAUAUGAAAUCAAAGAUUUAAGAACGAUAAACCUUUUAUUAAAGAACAAUUCUAUUGAAUUUGAAAAAUCCAUUACAAAAUAGAAAAAUAAACUCUUAAGAUUAAAAAGACUUAUCUUAUUUCAUCUGGAAUAUUGAAAGAAAUAUUAGAAUUUAGUAUAAAUAUGAUAACUAAAUCAUUAUUUUUAUAUAUUGUAAUUUUAUUUAAAUAAAUUAAAUUGCCCAAUAAAUAUUUGU